GCUAUUAGCUGAUCCAACACUGGACCCAUUGGGACACAGAAUUUUCAUUCGUAAGGAUCCUAAACCUGAUCGAACAAAAGCAAUGGAAUGGGAAAAGAAGCGCAUGCAGAAACAAAUUCACAUCCAAAACGCGGGAACUGUAAUUCAUGAAAUAAAUGGUGGAACAUUUGAAAACAUAAACGGUGAGAUAAAACCUAUAUCAAAAGAAAAGGAUGAUGAUUUCAUGUCUGUCGGUAUACCAAAGCGAUCUCUUACGAAAAAGAAUAAUGAGUCAGCCAAAACCACAAAAGACAAGUCAUCCUCAUCACACGGCACAAGCGAAGUUAAUAGUUCUGGCUAUGGUAGACCAUAUACUCCGCCUCAUCAAAUACAUUCUGCACCAAGGAGUCAAGUCUUGAUCUCACCACACAAACCAACUCUUUAUGUGCAUACUGCGAAAUAUUUGGCAAAACAUUUUUCAAUAAGUAUUAAUCAAGGUUGUGUUAUUACGAAAACAAAUCAAGUUGUAACAAUUCCAUCGGAAAUUCGCCAUUGGCUCAUUGACUCAUUUUCAGUAAUUCAAGCAACCUGUAUAAAAGAUGUCAAAUCUGUAUUUACAGAAUUCGAUUUUACUUUAAACAAAGUUAAUGGAAUUGGUUUCAAAACCGGAAGCAACAAAGAAUUAGUAUUUAUUGAGGUUUCUGGUGGACCAGAAAAUCCUGUAGAAAAACAUGUUAAAGAAGACACGGAAAAGUUGAUUAAAGAGGCAAUGUUUGGCUUAAUUUCCCUUCUUCGUGAUUACUUAGAUAAAAACGCCGA